GCCCCGCCCCGGCGCGGCCCCGCCAGCCCCAGCCCGGUGCUGCCCCGCGGGAUGCGGGACCCGGCGGCCGCGGCCCUCGGGGCCGGGGAGCGGCGCCGCCGCGGGGGCUCCCGGCGCGGGUGCGAGCCGCGACCCUCCGGGUGACCCCGCACCCCCCGGGCCACACGCUGCCCCCCGAGGAUGAAGACGCUGGUCUGGCUCUUCCUGGCGCUGGUGUGCAUGGCACUGGGUGCUGUGCUGUACGUCCUGCUGUGCACCCAGGCCUGCCCAUGGGCCUGCUGCUGGUCCCCGGUGCAGUGGGGCAGCCCUGCAGCAUCCACCGCCCUCCGCUUCCAGGGGUAUAUCCGUGUCCCCGAUGGGAAGCCACUGGAGCGGGCGCUGUGCCGCCGCUGCGCCAUGGUCUCCAGCUCAGGGCAGAUGCUGGGCUCGCGCCUGGGCCAGGCCAUCGAUGGGGAGGAGUGUGUCCUGCGCAUGAACCACGCGCCCACUGCCGGCUACGAGGAGGACGUGGGGACCCGGAGCACCAUCCGCGUGGUGUCGCACACCAGCGUCCCGCUGCUGCUGAGGAACCCGCGCUACUUCUUCCAGCAGUCCCAGGACACCCUCUACAUCAUCUGGGGGCCACCGAAGAAGAUGAACCGGGAGAAGGUGGGUCCGACCUAUCAGGUGCUAUUAAAGGUGAUGCAGAUGUACCCCCACCUGCAGAUCUACACCCUGACUGAUGAGAAGAUGACCUAUUGCGACGACGUCUUCCAGAAUGAGACGGGGAAGAACAGGCUGAAGUCCGGCUCCUACCUGAGCACGGGGUGGUUCACCAUGGUCCUGGCCAUGGAGCUGUGCGAGCAGAUCUACGUCUUUGGCAUGGUCAGCGACAGCUACUGCAGGGAGAAGAACCAGUCAAGCGUGCCCUACCACUACUUCGAGAAGGGCCAGCUGGACGAGUGCAGGAUGUACCUGAUGCACGAGCGAGCCCGUCAGGCCGGGCACCGCUUCAUCACCGAGAAAACCAUCUUCUCCCGCUGGGCCAAGAGGAAGAACAUCAUCUUCACCCACCCGUCCUGGGCAGGCGGGUAGGGCGUCAGCCGCGGGGUGAGGCAGCAGGGCGGCUCUUAUCCUGCAAGGACAUGCCUUGGCUGCAGCGGUGCCAUGGUGAAAGCCUUUUGCCAAGCCCCAGGGUGGGGAAUCUCCACCUCUACAGCAGCAGGGCCGGUUCCUCCAGCUGGUGGGUGGGCUGGGCCCCCCCCCCAUGUCUCUGCACAGGGGUAUGAGCUGGACCCAUGGAGCCCCAUCGGCUCCAAGCACCUCUCUGACGGACCCGGUGUGACCACAAAGGUUUUCCACCUGCUCUACUGGGGUGAACAUUUAAUGCAGGAUUAAGUAUUCACGCUGCUGGGCUCCAGCGUGACAGCGGCACAGCUCGGCCUUGCCAGGGCCAUGACCUGAUGCCUCUCCCAGGGAUCAAGCUCCACCAUGGUCCUUGCCCCACUGAUACUCCGAGACCUGGUGCUGGGUGUGGGGUGCAGGGAGCCGGCUCUGGGCUCCACCAUCCUGCUGCCUUCUGCUGCUCUGUGCUGGGGCAGGUCCCUGGGGUCCCCUGCAUCCCCCCAGCUGGGAUGCCCUGGGGGCACAUAUAGCUCAGGGGGGCUUCAAGUUGCCUUGUCACAAGUGCCCUUGAAUUCAGACCAAAGCAAACGUGGCCAUUAAAGAGCAUUUUUAACUCA